UUAGAUAGGAAUACACAUAGGGGAAAAAAAUCUUUUCUUGUAAUCUUUUAUUUUACUUUAUUGGUGUUGUUUGAUGUGAAACUCUGUAAAAGCAUCGAUAUUUCACUUUUGUUUGUGUUUUUUGGUUUUUUUUGGUUUUUUUUAGUGAUAGGACAAGGGGGAAUGGUUUCAAACUAAGACGGGGGGGUUUAGGUUGGGUAUUAGGAGGAAGUUUUUUCACCCAGAGGGUGGUGAGGCACUGGAACAAGUUGCCCAAGGAGGCUGUGGAUGCCCCAUCCCUGCAGGCAUUCAAGGCCAGGCUGGAUGUGGCUCUGGGCAGCCUGGGCUGCUGGUUGGUGACCCUGCACGUAGCAGGGGCUUGAAACUGAGUGAUCAUUAUGGUCCUUUUCAACCCAGACCAUUCUGUAAUUUAUAAAGCGAAACUCUUCAGUUGUCUAAAAAAAAAAAGAAAAAAGCCACAUUAGUGAAACUGUAUGAGUAAAGCAAUGUAAAACCAAAGGAGUGAAACAUAUAACAGGAUUGCUUCUUUUUCGGUGACAUUUUCUCACCUCUGGUUAGAUUUCCUUACAUCACUUGUUCCAUUAUAACUUGAAUCAAAACUACCUUUUAUUUAUGGUACUUUGUUACGGAUGGGUGCUGAUGUCAGGACAAGCAGGAGUACAUCAGGAGUUGUCAUCCUGUCUCUGUAUCAGUAGAGGACAGUCAUACAAAACAACUGUACCUGCCUUGAGAUGAUAAAAACUACUGCCGAGUGUGACAUCCUGAUUUAAAGCUCAGCAUCCUUAUCGCUGUUGGAAGGCUACAUGUUGCCUCCCCAAAAACCUCCAGGAUUUGCAAAUAGCUGCAGAUAAUGAAUGGCAUGAAAGCAGGACAGCUGUGUUUUGCCUCAUGGUCUCAGUGAGCGGCUCCCAAAUCGCAGUGGAGCCUUUUAAAAAACCAAAACGACUCCUUUUGCAAGCGGUCUUUAAUGCAGAGGUGGUAUCAGUGCUGGCUCUGUUGUGGGGUGUUAGACCUGAGGAAUAUUAAGAACAAUUCCAUUCACCAGAAUUUCUCCUGUUAGUUUUCCCUGAGCCUGUUUGACCGGUGGGAUGUGGGUGGUGGGGGUUAAUUUCUGGACAGAGCUGCUGUGAGCACUGCUGUGAAGCCAGUUUGUUGCCCUGUGUGAUUUUUCCAGACACUUCAACGAGAAGAGGGACUUCCCAGCUUUGUUCUUGGCACACCCUUCUGUUCAGUGUCGGGCUGUUCUGCUGCUGGCCUGUAAACUUGGAACUACCUGCUUUAAUUCCUGUUCCUUCUGCUUGGCACACAGCUGGCAGAGAUGUUUUGUUGUUGUGUUAUCAGGAGCUGUUGCUGGGUUGUCAGUUGCAUUCCUAGGCUCACAUUUGGAAGUAUCUGCUGUAAUUUUGUUAAAUCCUCUCUUUCCUCCUACUUCUGGCAUAAUUCUCUGCUCAACUGGAGUAUUAUAUAAGAUUGUGCUGUAUUGCUCCUAUCUCCUGUUGCUGAUAUUUUUUUCUGCUCGGCACAGAGAGGAAAUAAAAAAGAAAUAAAUAAAAACCAACAUCUUUUUGCUGUAAGCCUUUAUGGAGAGAAUUUUGAAGGUAUCAAUUCCUGGUUCUCAGGUGAUGAGCUGCUCCCCCAUUCUGUCUUGUGCAGAAUAUUCAGACUUAAAGCAUCUGUCCCAAGAUCUGGAAACACAUGACAGUGCAGGAAACCAGCAUGGGAUUAAAACUCAUACUUUAAUAUGCUUCCCUUGAGAAGGAAAAGCUGUUGUUUGUAUAAACUGUAUCUGUAGGUACAUUUAGUACUUCUUCCUCAGUUUCUGUUCUCAGGUGUCCUUUUACUGAACUCUCUUUUGGAAGGAAGGAGUUGAGUGAUUCUGGAAUUCUCCUCUUUGCUGAUAUGCAUACCUGAAUAUUGCAGCAUCCAUCAGAUGCCCUUUGCUUCUUUCUUUCCCCUCUGCACUUUUAGGACAAGAAAAAAAAGAUGCAGAACCACUGACUGUGCAGCAAACACCCCAAGAAAACUCAGAGUUCGUUUUAUUCUGAGUCAGCCCUUUGGCUGCAGGCAGGAGUGGCACUGCUGUGUUCCAUGAGACGUAGUUGGCCUUACAGCUCUUCAAGUCAUAUUCAAACUGACAAAUGGAGAUAACCUGUUUGGCCUUUCGGAGCCUGUGUUGUGGUGGUUUUGGAUGGCUGUGCACUUGGAAAAUGGCUUUUGCUGGCGCUGUGGCUUUGUGUGUCGUGCAUUUAAGUUGGGCUGAUGUGAAGCUUGGGCAGUGAAUCGGAUCAACUAGUGUCAGUGCUAGAAGACAGAGCCAAUAUCUGAUAACAAAUCAUUUACCUGCAAAAAGGAAUGUCCUUGUAUAUGUCUGUAGGUGUCUCAUAUACAGAGUGCUGGAAUAUUCAUUUGAAAAUAUGCUAGUUUAUAAUGCUGUAGGACCUCAUAAGUUUAGUAAUAAUAUUUCUAAAAAUGUGCAGGAAGGUUUGGAGCUCAGUACACUUAAAUUUAUUAUAUAUUGAGAAACAUUUCGUGGCGUUGGAUGUGUAAAUUUAUGUAGGGCGUGUAGCUGGAUGCUGGUGUACUUAAACUGCUGACUGCUGGUUGGAGUUGUGUGAAUCACUGCUCUUUCUUUGGAGCUAACGUGGCACCCUUUCACUUACAGCUGGAAUGCUUUCCUGUGUGACAGCAAACACAGCAAUACAGCAUCAGUCUGAAAAGCCUGAUGGGAGCUGCACAAUUUGAGCAUUAAACUCUUAUGACUAUCAGUGUGCUGGGAUGGUACCUAGAAGUUCAUGAAAAGAUUUCUUGCUCUUGAACAGCAGUGUGUAGUUGUUCAGAUUGGGUUUUUUUCCUCUUUUCCAUCAGAACUAAUUGUCAUAUUUCAAUAAACAGGCAUCUCUCAACUGUGUGUAACAGCUGAGCAUCUCUCUAGGGCUGUGGCAAGUACUGAUAUUUAAGCAAAACAACCUGGAAGAUGAAGGUGGUCCAGAGAGGAAGUAAUGGAUCUCAGAACCAAACAAGAAGUAAAAUUUUGCUUGUGGCACUCAAUCAGGUGCAGGAUUAAUUAGCGUGGAUGUAGUUACUGUUCUGCACUCAUUCUUUUCUCGUUGCUGGAGAAAUUUGCUCAGCAAAUCAUGAAUGAGGUCGUAAUUGUGUAUAGCAGUGGUUUACUUCACUGAGGGCCUUCACAAGAUUAUCGAGUUUGUUUUUCCAGCUUAGGCUUUAAAACUAGCGAGGCCUGACUGAAAUCUUCAGCUCGUUCUGAGUUUUGGUUUCAAAUAGGGGAUUUGCCUUUGUCUGCAAGGAAGCUCAGAGAUGCUUCUGAUGAGACUGGAGAGCAGGUGGAGACAAACACCCUCAGUCUGGGGCUGCUGUAGAGCAAUGCAGAGGAGCUGCCUGGCUGCCUCCCAAGAGUCGCUGCAUAAAGAGGCUGGAACAGACGCUGCCUGCAUUGAUGUAAAAGUUUUCAGUUAACUUGGCUGUAAUCAUGCCUACAGAUGAACUGUUUUGUCUGUUACGGAGUGUUGCCAUAUAUAUAUUUUAAACCCUCUGAAGAAUCUAUUAUCUGAUGGUAGAAGCAUCACACAGUGUUCCCUGUGUGCACAGAGAGCAGCUGCUGGGGCUGCCUGUCCCGACUGAUGCUUCAAAACGAGAACAGCUACACUGGGGCCUUGGUUUCCUCACUUGCAUCUUUGUAGAAGUGUCUGACCUCAACAAGUUGUGAUUAAAAACCACACACGUCACUUUGAUGGAUUUCCUAGAAGUACUUGUGGCCGGUGAAUGAAAUUCGGAGAACCGUAUUUCAUUGCUGCUUUGGAGAUGCAGGCUGUUUUCUUUAGGUUUCCUGUUGGCUUCUGGUUCUGUUGCUGCUUGUGAAGAAGAAUACAGUGUGUGUAUGGGCAUUGGAGUCCAGAAGCGUUGAAAAUGGCUGUUGUGGUGAGUUUUACCUUACAGCCCUCUGCUUUGCAGCAAGUGGGAUUACAGGGAAAUUGGCCCAAGUUUAAAUGUCAGAAAUAUUUAUUCAGCUGCUUCCUGAAAUGUUCUGCAAGGUGCUGGUCUGAGCUGGGAGCCCACCUUACCGGAGCUGAAAGAGAUAGGAGUCCUGAUGCUGCUUGAUAGCUACAAAUCUUAACUUCUAUCAUUUGAUUUGUCUCUUGUAGCAGGUAACUGAUAUUUCUCUUCUGGAUAAUAUUACCCAGCAGCUUACUGAGUUUUGCUGUUGAUGGGGAAAAUAGUAGGAAGGCUUCUUUUAGUGUUAUUUCCAAUGGUGGAAGGGGAACCAGGCAGGAAUGAGAAGCAGCAUUAACUGUGGUUUCUGUGAGCCUGGGUUUUAAGCAGCUUAUGGAGGUGGCCCGUUGUUGCGAGAAGGAAAACAAAUUUAUGUAUCUUCUGGGAAUUUAUUUUUGUGCCCUUUUAUAUUUUCCCUUUGUUUUUAAAAGAUUCCAUAAAUAGCUUAUGCCAACAUCAGCUCAGAAUGCAUGACCAAAACAAAAAGUUCGUUCCCAGAUAUUUCCUUUGGGAGUUUGCACUGGAAACACAAAUGAACAUCAGUGCCAGGAGUGCACCUCACUGCCCUGCUUCCCCAGUGCCACUGAUACACAGAGAUCCAGCACUGCCCCUGGCCCUUCUUCCCUCUAUUAGAAAUGCACUAAAUAUAGAAUCUCGGAGCUACCGACAUUUUUCUUUGUUCUUUGUCUCACUAAUUAGAUAAUCUGGGUUUGAAUGGUGAGGAUAUUCAAAUAGGGUGUAGGCGAAUGCUGUGAUUGGGUUAUUUUCAGUGUGAUUUAUGGUCAGCUGUGAGUGUUUUGAUGUUAAUGUGAGUUUGGUUAUUAAAGUGGUGCUAAGCAGCACCAGCAUGCCUUAUUGAAGUGGGUGUGAUGAGCUCUCUAGAAAACACAGCGCUGAUUCAUGAGGAAAAUGAAGCUGUUUUGGAACUGGAAGUUGGUUGGGAUUUGGUUCUCAUUUCCUUCUUCUAUUUUUGCCUUUUCAUGUUGAUGUUUGAUCCGCUCACAGAAAAGCAGAGUGAAAAGAGAAAGCACAGGACUCUUCCUGCCCAUGCAGAUACGUGUGGGAGAAGCAUCACCCAACAGGACAGGCAAACAGGAGUUUCUGCAGUGCUAUUUAUGACCUGUUAGCAAUAAACUCUGGAAUGAGCUUUCUACUGAAAUGAAGCAAGCUGCUGGCUUUAUUUUCAGGCAUCUCCAAAAAGUGUGAAGAUCUAGCAUAACUUUCUUCCCCUGAGUUGUGACGUUCUGUUUAAUCUUCAAACUGGCGAUGUCAAGGGUGCCAAGUCCUCCUCCUCCGGCAGAAAUGUCGAGUGGACCCGUGGCAGAAAGCUGGUGCUACACUCAGAUUAAAGUGGUGAAGUUUUCCUACAUGUGGACCAUAAACAACUUCAGCUUCUGCCGAGAGGAGAUGGGUGAGGUGAUCAAAAGCUCAACUUUUUCGUCUGGAGCCAAUGAUAAACUCAAAUGGUGUUUACGUGUGAACCCUAAAGGCUUGGACGAGGAGAGUAAAGAUUAUCUAUCCCUCUAUUUGUUGUUGGUGAGCUGUCCAAAAAGCGAAGUUCGAGCAAAGUUCAAAUUCUCCAUCCUGAAUGCUAAAGGAGAAGAAACAAAAGCAAUGGAGAGCCAGCGAGCGUAUCGAUUUGUGCAAGGCAAGGACUGGGGAUUCAAAAAAUUUAUUAGGAGAGACUUUCUUCUAGAUGAAGCCAAUGGACUUCUUCCUGAUGACAAACUCACUCUAUUCUGUGAGGUGAGUGUGGUACAGGACUCUGUAAAUAUCUCUGGCCAGAACACUAUGAACAUGGUGAAGGUACCGGAGUGCCGCCUGGCAGAUGAGCUGGGAGGACUCUGGGAGAACUCCCGCUUCACAGAUUGCUGCCUGUGUGUUGCAGGCCAGGAGUUCCAGGCUCAUAAAGCCAUCCUAGCAGCACGUUCCCCGGUUUUCAGUGCCAUGUUUGAGCAUGAGAUGGAAGAGAGCAAAAAGAAUCGGGUUGAAAUCAAUGAUGUGGAACCUGAAGUUUUUAAGGAAAUGAUGUGCUUUAUUUACACGGGGAAGGCACCAAAUCUUGACAAAAUGGCUGAUGACUUGCUGGCAGCUGCUGACAAGUAUGCUCUGGAACGUCUGAAGGUGAUGUGUGAGGAUGCACUGUGCAGUAACCUGUCUGUGGAAAAUGCAGCUGAGAUCCUCAUUCUGGCUGACCUACAUAGUGCUGAUCAACUGAAAACUCAAGCAGUGGACUUCAUUAAUUAUCAUGCUUCUGAUGUCAUGGAGACAUCGGGCUGGAAGUCGAUGGUAGUAUCACACCCUCACUUGGUGGCUGAGGCGUAUCGCUCUCUGGCCUCUGCACAGUGUCCCUUUCUGGGACCUCCACGUAAGCGACUGAAGCAAUCCUAAAGUCCCGUCUCUGGCAACACCACGUGUUUUUCUGGAAGCAGCAUCAGCUGUUGCUGCUCAAACCUUGACCACCAGGUAGACAGCGAAAUCUGUGGAGCUUAUACUCUGUUGUUGGGGGGAAGAGACUGCUUCGUGACACCCAGACUUUUUAAAACAGCACCAAGUAACUUGGGGAGAGGGGGGAGGGUGGGCCUGGGGCUCUGGGGCUGUUCAACCUAAUGAAUCCCUGUCGCUGCAUCGUCUGUGUGUUCCCUUCAACUUGGCUGAGUCAAUUAAGUACAGGGUUCGGUUUAGGUGCCGAUCCGUGUCAGAAUAAACCCAGCAGUGGUACUGGGGAAAACAACAUCUGCGUCUGGCAGCACAGAACAAACCAUCAGAUGCCUGGAGCAAGAGGACAUUUUAGUUUUGGAGAGAGCGUUGCGAAGUUAAAAAGAAUUUCCAGUGAGGUUCUGGAAAGGAAUUACCUGAUGGGAGCUCCAGUAGUAUUUAUAUCAAAAAAGAGAAUUUAAGUCCUUCCAGCUGAGCUAAAAACUGGACGUUUGUGUAACUCCUUAUUGCCAUCCAGCAACAAGAAGAUCAGUUUCUCUGUUAGUAGCACUUGUAUGUUAAUUGCAAAAAAAAAAAAAAAAAAAAGAAAAAAAAAAAAAAAAAGAAAAA